CCAGCCCGCAAGCCUCCACAGCAAUCCUCCUUGGCUCUGUCCUGGCCUCGCCUUGGUUGGCUGCCGCUGCUGCGUCGGCAUCGGACGCUUUUGGAACCCACAGCCGCAUUCGUCGUUGGCCACUGUCCAGCCCCGAUCUUGUCUUUCUUGGCGCUGUUCAUCCACAGCCACGGCCCUCCACUUUUGCUUCAUCGCCGAAUUGCUCUGCUCUGAAACCCCCCUGGUUCCUGCCAACGCCUCAUUCCGUCCUCGUCCUUGUAUCCCAUCCAAGCAGAAGCUCAGCGUCCAUCCAUCCACCCAUUCGUCUCGGUCGUCCACAUGGCAAGAAGAAUCUGGCUGUUCAUCCUGGCCGCCAGCCUGGUCUCCUCAUCCGAGCUGCCCUGCUCGCCCGGAUUUGGCAACUGCCUGGCCGCUAUUUCGCUCAACUCUGGAUCUGCGCCCGUCGGUUCGUCUAUCCAGAAUCUGACGCUUUUCUCGGAGGACCGCUUCAUUCCCAAUCUGGUGUUUUCCAGUCCUCUGGUUCGAGACUCGGCCAUUCCGCUGGUCGUCCAGCAGCAAGACCAGGACCAGGAUCAGGGUCCGGGCAGGAUCGGCCAUGCUCCUCACAAGAGCCUCUACAACCCUGAGCUUACGGGCCCGAGCCCUGUCCAGUUCCUCCAUGGCAUUGCUAGCGGCGAUCCCUUGCAAACUUCAGUGAUCCUUUGGACAAAGAUCACAAUCGGCCUUGCGUCUGCGUCGCCCAUCAGAGUUCAUCUGCAGAUCGCCGCCGAUGCCAAUGCCGACCUGACUCGGUUGCUUCCCACCCCGGCCGAGCCCAUCCGCAACCUCUUCACCCACACCUCGCACCAGGUUGACUACAUUGUCAAAGUCGACGUCAAGGACCUCAUGCCUAACCAAGCGUACUACUACCAGUUCCACGUCUACGAUGCCUUUGGUGCCCGGCACUCAAGCUGGAUCGGCCGAACUACGACUCUGCCGCUUCCGGACGACGAGAGCCUCGAGAGUUUGAGGCUCGCCGUUGUUAGCUGCUCAAAUCUGCCGGCGGGUUUCUUCAAUGCCUAUCGCAACAUUGCCUCGCGGAAGGAUAUUGAUCUUGUGGUGCAUCUUGGUGACUACAUCUACGAGUACAUGAAUGGUCAAUACGGCGACGGUACUGCCCUCGGUCGCAUCCCUUUGCCGGACCACGAUCUCGUCACAGUCCAAGACUAUCGUGCUCGCCACGCCCAGUACAAGCUCGACCCAGAUCUGCAAGCCGCCCACCGCCUCGUGCCGUGGAUCGUCGUCUGGGAUGAUCACGAGUUUGCCGACAAUGCAUGGCUUCACGGCGCCGACAACCACCCCCAGACGGCCGGCGACUGGCAUGAGCGAGUCGGAGCGGCCGUUCGUGCCUAUUUCGAGUAUCUCCCUAUCCGUCCACAAGUCCAGACCGAAGAGAACCGCAUCUACCGCAACUUUCAGUACGGCAAGCUGCUAGACCUCAUCAUGCUUGAUACGCGAAUCGUCGGUCGCGAGGAAACGGAUCUCAAGUUGGCUGAAGUCGUACAAGCCGAAAAUCGCACGAUUCUCGGAGAGAUCCAGGAGAACUGGUUCCUGUCGCAGUUGAAGCAGUCGAGCGACCGUGGUGCCCGCUGGCGGUUCGUUGGCCAGCAGGUGGUGUUUUCGACAACAUAUCUGGUGCAUGACUAUGCCAACUACGACGCCUGGGACGGAUACCCUGCAAAUCGCAAGCGCAUCUUGAACUUUGUGCAGAACGAGGGUAUCGACAAUCUGGUCGUUCUGACUGGCGAUGUCCAUGCCUCUUGGGUCUACGACAUCGCGUUGGAUCCCUUCAACUCCUCCAGCUAUGACCCAAAGACCGGUGCCGGAGCCAUUGGCGUCGAGUUCGUCUCGCCCUCCGUGACUUCGAAUACGCCGCUGGAUCACCCGUCCAAGGUUCCGCUUCGGUACGCUCCGGUCGAGUCCUACAUGGAAUGGCGCAACCCGCAUCUCAAGUACACCGACCUGCGUCGCCACGGUUACAUGCUGCUCCACGCCGAUCGCGACCGGGUUUCGUGCGAGUACUGGUACACCCCGAUCUUGGAGCGCACCGAUCGGCAGGUUCUGGGUGCUCGAUUCGAGACGCUGAGCGGAUCGGGACGCAUCACCAGCCAAAGGAGAUUUUCGUAUCCAUGGAGUAGCCUCUAAGAGCGAGUGAGCCAGUCAGUCGGACAGCCAGUCGGCCAAGUUAGAUGACUCUUUUCCUUUGUCACAUUCCCUCCCUUUCUAUUUUAUUCUCUCCUUUUCAUUGUCGAUCAUUUGAUUGUGUCUUUCUCUUGCUUUUCCUUCUCCCCACCCCAGUUGGUUAUAUCAACAUUCCCCGCGCUCGCUUCUGGACGUUUGAUUUGCCUCGGUGAGAGAAGCCCUUUGCCGCCUGGUGCAUCGGGUUUGGAUGAUGGGGCCGCGAUGACUCGCACCUGCCUUUCGCAAUCGUCGGACUUGAGAAUACACCGACAGUGACCUGCUGCAAUCGCGUCUGCUUCAUGAGCUCC